AAUACGACUAAAAAUCAUAAGAACGGUUGUACAACUACAACUUAUAAAUGUAUAAUAUAUUAACAGUUCCAAGUUUCACUGUCUCAAAGUGAAGGGUAUGAAAGAUAUGGAAUAAGUGUGAUCACUUUUAAUGUUAUAAGUAUGAUUACUCAAGAGAGAGUAAUUUUUUUUGGUAAACAUAAGGAAUGUAUCCAGCUUUGUGUUCCACCGCAUCUCCAUAUGUUUUACCCAACUCUGUAUUUGAAUCUUGUUCAGAAAAAAUAGAAGUUGAGCUCCAGGUACUACUACUGUCUGGGCCUUACAUCUGUUGUUAUAUUUCCAGGUACAACAAUACCGAAUUUUUGCAUGACUUAUGAGGCCAAAAUUCUUCAUCUAUUUGUAUUUGUAUUAUAUAUCCUAAGUUUGGGUUUAUUCUGUGAUCUAGCAUAGGAUGUGGUUGAUCUAUGAUGAAGUCUCCAUAAAUGGAAUAAUAAAUUAUGAGGUGCGUUCGUUUGGUAGUAGAUCAUUAUUACAUAGAAAUAUAUUCAGAAUGUCUAUGGAAGAGGUUUAUUAAUGUUUUGUUAUUUUCGUAUCAGAUUUUUUGUUGAUCUUAUAUUUAUAAUGUCUAAUGAUUACAUUUCUGUGGUUAAAAUCCAAACAAGUUGUAAUACGAUACGGGGUCUUAAAUAAUUAAAAGCUGAAAAGUUUUUUCCAUUCAGUCAAUUAUAAUUUUUUUGCAAAAUAUUGUAUCUAAAAAUUCCAAUGUAAUAUGUUUGCUUAAUUUAUUUAUUAGAGAUUUGCUUGGUAUUGGACUUUAUAAUGAGUACAUUAGAGGAUAAAAUUCUUGGUGAAAAGUCUCAGUAUUAUUGUAGCAGUAGUGAGGAAAGCGAUAAUGAACAAUAUGAGGAAAGAGAGGAAUCAAAUACCACAACAAAAGAUAAUGAAGAUAUCUCGAAUUCGGAUAUUAAUAAAUGGGAAGGUACUUCAACAAACACAGGUCCAAAGGGAGUUUUGAAUGAUUGGCAGAAAUACAAGCAAUUGGAGCAUGAAAAAAAAAUUAAAGGCCAAGAAGAACAAAUUGAGAUGAUGAAAAAGCUAACAUUCACUGUAAGAACAUCCCUUGAAGAAGAAAGAGAAAAAACCGUCUUAGAAGACCCCGAAUUAGCAGAGUUACUUAAUGAUGAUUUUUUAUUAACUUAUCAGAAGAAGAGAAUGCAAGAGAUGAUUGAUAACACAAACAUUAGAUUAAAAUUUGGUAAUUUACUCUAUUUGAACAACGGUCAUGAAUUCUUGGACGCUAUUGAUAAAGAACAUAAAGCUGCCACAAUUAUUGUUCACAUCUAUGAAGACACUGAGGCCUGUAGGACAAUGAACCUUUGCCUUAAGUCUCUCUGCAAACUUUAUGAUAAUGUUAAAUUUUGUUGUAUGAAAGGUUCAGCCGCCGGUAUCAGUCAGCAGUUCAAAUCUGAUGGUGUGCCCGCUAUUUUGGUAUACAAAGCUGGAAAUCUUGUUGGAAACUUUAUCAGGUUAUCUGACGAGCUUGGCAACAGUUUUCUACCAGAAGAUGUACAAAAUUAUUUAGUUGAACACGGAUUACUUGAAGACAAAUCCUGCACCCCUGAGUUGAUAUCCAGUGCAGAUAACAAUAUUGAUAGUGAUUGAAGGGGCAUUUUGAGAACAUUGUUGAUUAAAAAAGAUUUAUUCAGCAUUCUCAACUGAAAUGUUUCUUUUAUUUAUUCCAAAACAAAGUUCAAGGAAAAAAGAUUGUUUUUAUUUAAAAGGGAACAAAAUGGUUGUAAUUGAUAAAAAAGACUUUUUUGAAAGGGUUGAAAGCUUGAUAAAAACAGUUUGUUUACCAAAAUAUCAAUCAAACAAAUCAAUGCCUCAAAUAAAAUUAUCGAAUAAUGAUUAGCUUUGUCGACUUAUACCAAAUUUUGUUAGUCAUAGAUCUAACUUUCAUCUUCAGUAACAAUGAAAUCCGGUUUUUCAUGAAUAUGAUCUUUCAAAUUCAUGUAUAUUGAAGGAAAUUUUCCUUUGUGUUUAUUAGAGUGAAGUCUUGUAAGAAACUACUUGGCAAUACGUCAUUAAUGGUUGCAAUUUGGAUUUAACUCAUUUUGGCGUCUUAUGUCUCACAAAGUACAAAACUCAAUAGAGCCUUCUGAAGUCAAUAUAAGAGAGUACCAAUAGUGUGGUUUCUGUAAAUAUAAUCUAAUUUUUGAAUAAAAAUGUCUAUUCACCAAGUCCAUUGAAAUAGUGGAAACUACUUUCCCUAUAGGAGUACUGUGGGGUCCUUUGAUAUUCAUUCGUCACAUUGUAUGAAGAAAGAAGUGAGUUCACUUAAUACACGUUUUCAUCUGUUUCACCUGACUUAUACUUAGUUACUAAAUUAUUACCUUUUCAACGUGAAAAUGUUCAAGAUCGAUAUCUCACGACAGUGCAAACAAGAUUUCAAUAAAGCAUAUUUAAUAGCGGGAGGUAAAAAGAUAUUUUGGAAAUCGUAAUGAAAUUUAUCCUGACUUAAAUACGAAAAAUUAAUCGAUCUGAAAAACGAAAGUCGAAGGCUUUAGACAAUAUUGAGGUAGAUAUAAAAAGUCAAGAGAUUUUUUUAGAGAAUUUUGAUUCCUCUAUCGCAAGUGGUGAAAAUACCGGAUCUACACUGCCAGCACCGUUGACUUAGAAAACUGCAAUACCUAAAUAAUAAAGAUAUUAGCUUAAAGAGCUUAAAUACUUACCCUACAUAAAAAAAUAUUUUUAAAAUAUAACACUAGUCGACUUCCCCUAUGGAGCGUGGAACUUUUGGGGAUAUAAUUCUAAGGCCUCAUCGUAGAAAAAUGAGCAAUGAAAUAUUUGAAGAACUCGUUUACUUAAAAAGAUAAUAUUUUGUCUUGUCUUAUUUAAGCGAUUGAUAUGAUUUAUUCGUAAAUAACAUUAAUGUGAAUUGUCAAAAAUAAACUUGAAUUCAUUAAAA